AUGCAUCAUGCUCGCUGGAUGUCGAAGGCCAUAUAUUGUUUAAAAAUAUUUAUAGUUCGUCAAGAAUUUAAAAUAAACAAAAGAGAAUACGAUUCAGUUCGUGAUAUUUGUAUUUUUAUUGUUCGUUGCUAUGUUAAAGCGUGGUUUAAUGCGCCAAAUGCUUGUGUUGCACCACGCCAAGACUUACAGUUUUUGCGUGACCUUUAUGCUUAUAAAACAAUAGAUGAAAAGUUAUCUGAAGUUACACAAAAAAAAUUUAUCAACCACCUAUGGUAUUUGUUUCCAGAGUCAGUUGGAUUUGCAUUUUUUGAUAGUGAUAUUUUCUGA